AUGUUAAGAAGAAGAUACGGUGGUGCUGUUUCUAUUAUUCCCAGCAACAACAAGUUUCUCCCUCCUGGUCGUUCCGUUUCGACGUGCAUGUUAUCAAAGGUACUCUCUAACACUAACAAUAACAAUAACACUAACACUAUUCCCUAUGAUGAUGAUUCUGGGUCUAGGGUUAUUCUUCCUGAUUACUUAUGCUUCAACAAGUACAUUUCUGCUGUUACUUGGUUUGAAAACAAUCUCUCUGAUGGUUACGCUUCCAUAUCCGAAUAUAACGCCGUUUUAUCUUCCCUUCUUAGAAUGGGAUAUCACCCUACUGUUCUUUCCUUUGCUCAACAAUUGGAGGAAUCCCACAACAACCAUCUUCAACGUGUUCUCCCAGACAUUCAUACUUGGACAAUCCUCAUCAAAGCUCACGCUUUCGAUGGUAACAUGUUUUCCGCCAUGUCUUUCUUCCAUAAAAUCAUAAACAACGGUCACCGUCCUACUGCUGAGGAAACUUUGAAUAUUCUUCUCCAUGGUUUUUGUGUCCGCCACCAGAUUCACAAAGCAAUGCUCUUUUACAAUUAUAUCGUACUAAAAAAUGAAAAUGGUGCUGGUUUUAAGUGGAACUAUCAUAGUUAUCUUAUUCUAAUCACUGGAUUAUGUCGGAUAGGAGAAACUCAAUCAGCCAUCCAGUUGUUGAGAAAGGCUUUACAGAUUGAGAUUGACACGGAAAGUCUUCAUGCUUUUACUGUCAUGCGCUGUUAUAACACAAUCAUAUUCAGGCUAGCUUGCAAAGAUAGACUUAUAAACCAAGCUUAUGAUUUAUAUUCUGAAAUGAAGCUUCAUGGUAACAAUGUCUCACCUAAUUCUCACACAUAUCAUCAUCUAAUCUUUGGCUAUUGUAUCAUCGGUCAAUUUAAACAAGCAAUUCGUUUAUUUAAAGAGUUCAAGGCAUCAAUAAACAUCCGUCCAUGUCUUCUUACUAUAGCAGUUACCGAAAGAGAGGUGAAAUCUGCUAAAAGUGUAGUAGCUGUCAUGAUAAAAGGUGGUCUCAGACCUAAUGUUGCUAGUUAUCACUCGGUUAUUGAUAGAUUGUACAAAGGUCAAUCACGAAGAAGAGUUAUGAAUAAGAUUGCACAAAAGGUGGAUACAUUGGUACGCCCCAAAAUUUUUCCCGAUGGCUACUACGAUUAUAUGUGA